CAGAUUAACUCAAUUUUUAAACAAGCUUAAACGGUAUCACUUGUUGGUCUCCUGUACAAAUUAUGAUGAGGUUCACAAAUUUAUGGUAAAUGGCAUUUACUAAUCAAAUUUUAGCUACGAAAGUGACUGAAUUCGUACUACCUUGUUGUCCUAAACCGAGCAGGUUAGCAAUAGCAGCAUGUCGUGGACUAUUCCGCAUAUGACGACAAAAAAGCUGUCGCUGAUAAUAAUCGUUUGUCUGGUGAUAACUUUCACAAGGUUUGUUGGAUAUUGGCAAAGCUCAUCGUUCUUCAGUAAAUCUAGAUAUGGGAACACAGGAAUACAACCCACUAAAUAUAUACCGACAACCACAAAUGUUACCAAGACAUCGACAGUCAGACCUAUGCUCUCCCCAGCUCAGCAAGACGAGUUGAAAGUUCGACUGAAAAAGGCAACAGAUAAGAAGAUAAUACUUGUAUGGAUUAGCGGCUUCGGAGCAAAAGUCACAGCUACAGUAGACCCUGAGAAAUGUGGCAACUGCGAAGUAACUCAAGAUCGAGGAUUGUUGAAUGACGAGAGAACAGGAGCAAUUAUUCUCCAUUUUGACGCUUUGAGAUCGAAUAACGUUCCGCCAACCAGGAACCCAAAUCAUCUUUAUCUAUUCUGGGUAAUGGAAGCAACGGUCUAUGUAAGCAAGUUGUACUCAAAAGUUAUUGAGUUUGCUGAUCAGUUGAUAUUCAAUGGAACAUAUACACACAGAAGAGACGCAGAUUUUUAUUCACCUUAUGGUAACGUGGAAUCAAUGACAAAUACUAUAUUGGAAGGGAAUAAAAUGACUCCGAAACAAUUGCUUCAAAUGAAGAGCAAACUGGCAGUUGCAAUUGCGUCCAAUUGUGAUGUAACGCCUGGUGCUAAAACACGAAAAUCGAUGCUCCAAGAAUUAAUUUCGUAUGGUGUUCUUGAGGGAUUUGGACGUUGUUUAGGCGGGGCGAAUUUUGCCAACGGUCAUCGGCGCGAUGCCACUCACCACGAAGAAGUUAGAAAGUACAAAUUCUAUUUCGCUUUUGAAAACUCUCAUCACUGCAAAGAUUACAUUACAGAAAAAUUUUUCGAUAAUGCCCUUUCCGGAUUUGCAGUUCCCGUAGUCUGGGGAGCAAAGAGGGAAGAUUAUGAGGCAAUUGCUCCGACCGGUUCUUUUAUCUACGCUGAAGAUUUUUCUUCAAUGAAAAAGCUUGCUGAAUAUAUUGUAUAUCUUGAUCAAAAUGAUGACGCAUAUUUAGAAUAUUUAAAGUGGACAACAAUGAAACCAAGUGAACUGCCUGAAUACGGUCGUCAAACUGGAUGGUGUCAGAUUUGUCGAGCAUUACACGGAAUUAAUGUUGACGAUAUUUUUAAUCCAAAUUACGAUUCAGAAAAGCCAGAACGGCCUUUAUUCACUAAUGGGAUUGCAAAGCGAACGGUAACGCCUAGUUUAACUGGGUGGUUUGUCGACGGUGAAAACUCUAAUUGUUUUCGUGGUUGAAAUGACGUUUUAAUAACAUCAGAAAGGAGCUUUCGAUGAAAGAUCCUGAUAUUUGUACUUUUCUGGGCGAAAUACGCUAUAAAUACGCUGCCAUCUGUGCGACGAAAAUGAUUGACACAUUCCAAAGAAAACUUGAAAGAUGCAAUUUCAGUGCUGCAUAAUAACGUUGUAUUAUUAUUUAUUAAUAUGACUGAAAAUCAUUGACUGAAAAGUACACUCAUUCUAAUUCACGUUUACCUAAAGAAAUGAAGAUGCACAUGUUUUUUACUCGUGGUUGUCCAUGGUUUAAUCAUAAUUGAAUGACGUUAGUUUUAAAAUAAAUAUUGAAUGUCAUUCAACAAGGUGAUUCUGUUGCAGGAACAUAAGCAUAUCAAAUUUUCAGGUAGUUUCAAGUGGUGUCGAACCCUUCGAGUUUACAAUGUGUCCCACCGUACUAAAUAAAGAGUUGAUAACUUAUAUAUCUUUAUACAAAUAUAUAGUAGAAGCUUACAUAUAUAUUUGUUUUAUAAUGGACCUUUGAAAUAAACAUCGAUUAAUAAGUACUUUUUCUGGUUAGCUGACAAAUUGUUUUGAUAAAAAAUUCCAUCUAUUUUAUUACUAUAAAUCCACUUCACAAGCUCUUAUCGCUCAGGUUCUGCAUAUUGUAGGAGUUUAAGAUGGAUACUCGAAGUCCGAUAUUCAGUAUGACUUUUGACAUUUGUAGCCUAUUGAACAAAGAAACGAGUUAUCUAACUACAUGCGGUCAAUUUAUAUUAACAAUACAUAUAGCUGCCCACGCACGACCUAUCUAUGAUAUGUAUAUUGCUAAGUAUGUUUUGACAAUAUGUCGCAAAUAAUGAGGUCUUUCCCGCGACUGUAAUUGAUAAAAUGUAAUUUUCCCGUCUAUGUUUCGGCCCAAUACUAGGAAGGCCAUUCAAACCACGAUGGGGACAAUUAUUCAUCUCCAUCCACAACUCCAGUUGUCAAAUAAUGACACCUAACUGUCAAAUUUGCGUCCCAGCAACCCCGAUCCAGUAUUACUGCGGAAAGCAGUAGACAAUACAAACAGUUGAUAGCAUUUUGUAGAUUUUAUGGCACUUUGUAUAAGCGCAUUGUUGGCACUUGGUGGAAUUGCGAAAAGAUUUAUGAGUUUAGACGGUAUGUAAUUAAACAAGUUCAACUGUCUAGUGACAACUAAGACAGACAUUUGGCGAGUGUCUGUUUACCUGUGGUCAAUCUUGAGCUAAUUAAAUAUGAAAUGGGUAUUAUGUUUAGAGCAGCAAAAAUCCGCUCCACAUAUAAAAUUCCAUCUACAUGAUCCCACGUGCCUUGAAUAUAAUGUUAUAAUAUGAAAGGUAGUAUGUAUAUAAGCAAAGGUAUUAUGUAUUUGUAAAAAGUAAUAGGUUAGUUUCCUACACGAGCGCAAUACUAUGCGUGCCAAAUCCCAUACGCACAUAGGCUGCAACGCAUACGCUUAUAAGCAAGUAUGAACGAACUAUAGGGCCUAUUCAGGAGCGAGCUUUUUAUUAUUAUUAUUAAAUGAUUACCGUCCUUUUGAAACGCACAAUGUGUUGCCGUUAAAAUUAUUUCAUUUAUUCUUUGAUCUGAUGUCGUGCGAAUCAAGAUCGUGGCCAUAACACAAGAGAAAAUUUCGUUUGUUUCAAUAGUCAGCUGCCUGCCUCAUUCUUUCUGUCACGCUCACGCGCGUCGCCGGGCUUGACUCAUUCGCGAUGCAACGCUGCUGUUAAAUGGAUCUGUUCAAUCGAUCAAUUCAUUCAUUAGUCAUACGCUUGUAUCGUAGAUGCGCUACUUGAGUGUACAGCACAUCCAAUAUGUUCUUAGUUUAUAAGUAAUAAAGCGCAAGAACGUUGUGAUUUUCAGGGCACAACGUCGGUGAUAAAAAAAGCCUAUGUAAAAUCGGACUUGAAGAUUUAGACAGGCGAGCGCAAAGCAUCGUUGACAAUGAAGUGUUAUAGCCAGCAUACAAAUUUAUUGACAUAAGUGUGGUCAGGUGUGUGUAGUGUAGUAAUAGGCUUGAUUCAAAAGGAACUCUCAGUCAGAAUAAUCUCGACCUUAUACAAAGUUAUAUAAUUCUUUCAGAUUAGUUGUGUGGUCAUGGGCAUAAUUCUAACUUGCGGGAAAUAGUACCGUACUAUACCAAACGAAAGGCUAUAAAUAUACAUUUUGCCUUGCCACAUGUAGAAUGGAAUAUGUUCUACGAAAGUUGUUCUUAGCGUGGGUUAUGUCAUGUAUUACGAUAACUAAACAACGGGCAAUUUGAUUCAAAGUACGUUCAUGGUUCAAAUUACUUAUUGAUUGGUACUAAAAUUAUAAAAUAUCAUUUUGACGUUCCUGUGUUUACUUACAAUAAACGGAAAUUUUGGGACCCACCACCUGGAACGUACGCGUGUUAUUUGAAACACGGUUUUUAUGCUAUAAAUGCGGCGUGCGAUUGAUAUUAAAUUAUCGAAUAAUAAUUGCGGUUUAUCGCAAACCAGUAAAAGUGGACCUCAACAACAACGCCGCUUCCAUUUACAUACGAUAACCGUAAAUUAGGCUUGUUAUAUGCAGUCAUACUUAAUUUUCAAAUUUAUAUACGCAGUAAUGGAAUGGCCUUUCGACACCGCGCGCUUGUUUGUUUGUUGCUUCCUAUUUGAUCGCGCAGGGUGGUAUCAUAUGUUGCAGCAUGCAUAUACUAUAUCAGGACUUCCGAAAUCCUUGCGGUCGCAUUUUCUGUUGGUUGAUUGCAGGUUAUAUUGUCGAAUUCUAAUGUUUUUAUUUCAACUCAAAUGCAGGUCCUAUCGCUUGUGCAUAUAUAAUGGAAAACGAAUACAAUUCAACUA